CACUGUUGUGGGUUUAUAGGUGAGGAGUGCUCCUUCACGUUCACACGCAGUUGAAGCUGAUCUCAGUGCGUCUCUGAGUUCUGGUCCCCUGUGAAACAAAUAUUUACACCUGCGCAAAUAUGAAGACUACCACCGUGCUACUCCUCUUGAGCCUCUGCGCAUUGGCGCUGGCAAGAUCGAAACCUUCUGGUACCGUGGUUCCAGCUCAACAAAGCCCCCAGCCGACAGACAAACCCACCACCACCACGACAGACAAACCCACCACCCCACGACAACCAAAUCCACCACCACAACGACAACCAACCACCACAACAACCAAAUCCACCACCACCACGACAACCAAAUCCACCACGACAACCAAACCCACCACCACAACAACCAAAUCCACCACAACCACAGCCAAGACCACCACAGCAUCAACCACAACCUUACCACCCACCACCACCCAGCCCCCAAAGGUCACCAACAGCACUGUGGGUAACUACACCUUGGACAACGGCAAACAUCGCUGCCUCAUGGCUCAGAUGGAGCUCAGGAUCCGACUGGCUUCCAAAGAGGCCAAUGGGACGUUCCUCCUGCUCCCAAAUAUGACCCGUACAGCAGGGGACUGUAAUGACAACCACGCCACUCUAAAACUGAUUUCUAAGGAACUGAACAUAACUUUCUCCUACUUAAAGAAUGCCACCGCGAAGAUGGCCUUUGUGGACAAGCUGGCUUUCAAUCUGACCUAUGACUUUAGCAAAAAAAGCAAUGCAGUCCAAACCUACAGCGUGACCAACCAGUCCAUUCAGGUCUUUGAGGCCAAGCUCGGAAAGUCGUACUCGUGCAGAAAGGAGUCUCUUUACAUGGGCCAAGGACUCUACCUCGACAUUAAUCACGAUCGGAUGCAGGCUUUCAAUUUCACCAAUAGCAACGAGUUCGGCACAACUGACCCAUGCCCAGCUGACCAAAACAACUACCGCGUGGCUAUAGCUGUGGGGAUAACUCUACUAGUGCUGAUCGUGGUCGUGGUCAUUGCUUACCUUUUGGCCAGGAAGAAGAGAACUGACGGAUACCAGUCCCUUUAAGAGGGGUCAACAGAAGGCACCUGAACCCAGGACCUGUGAGACUGUUACCUCUCGGGGCUCUAAGAUAGAUAUGUAAAUGUGAGGUGGAAUAUUUGUGUUUCUUGCCUCAUUUGGGAUUUCCUUUUUUAUUCUUUCAGUGUUUUUAAAAGGGAACAAUGCCAACUAAAUGCAAAGGGAUAAUUCUUUAAACCUAAUCAUACAGGAACAUAAAAGGAAUUUGAUUUCUUUUUUUACUUUUUAUAUUGACACAUCCUCAUAUUGAUAAUUGUGCUUUAUCUUACUCACGCUUCAAAGAGCAAUUAAGUGUAGGAAUUUUACAUUUUAAUGUCAAAAUAAGGGAAUACAUUUUAAAGAUACAUGUAAGAAAUAAAUUUAAAGGAUUUUGUCAGGGUAAUAAUAGAAAUGCACUGAUUUUGUUACUAUAAUACUGACUUUAAACUUCUGCUAGUAUGCAUACAUGAAUAUAGAAUAUUGUUAAUAAUAUUGUUAAUAAUAUUGUUUGGCUACUUGCGGCUUGCACUUGAAAUUGUGAACUGACUUUCUUUUCACACGAUGUAGAAAAUAUGCCCCUCUGACUAUUUCUGAUUGCACAGAUAUUUCUCAGGAAAUUUUAACCACUCUGGUACAAUGUUGAAAUGCAUUAGAAGUUAAACAUGAGGGAUAUGACUUAAUUUAUGUCCAGUAGGUGUCACCAGAACAUACACUAUCCUUAUGGAAGUAGAGGAGUGUGUUGCGCUGAAAAUUGCAUUAUUUUCCCUGUGGCUCAAAUAAACGUGUUUCCCAAUGUCUAA